AUGUUUUGGCAGGAUCCAAGGGGCUCCGUGGCUCAGGAUGAGAGAGAGGUGGGGAUGGCCAACCCCAGAAGUGACCCAGAGAUGGACAAAGGCAUGGAAGAUCUGACAAAAGGCCUGGAGGAACUCUCUGAGAGCCCCGAAGAGAAGAGCAAGAGGGCUCUGCUGCAUUCACACCUGGAACAGCAGCAUCACCUCAUCUGUAUACUGAAGAAAAAAGCAGACGAUGCACGCAAACGCUGCAGAGGCCUGGAGCAGCUCAACGUGGAGCUGGAGAACCUGAGGACAGAAGAUGCUGUGAAAAUGAAAAGCCAGAUGCAACGGAUUCAGUAUUUGGAGAAGUGUUUCAUGGAUCUGGCCAAAAGCCAUGAGCAAAUGGUCCAGUUCAAGAAUGAACACAGAAAACAGCAUAUGCAGCUGUGGGAGGAGAAUAAGUGCCUGUGGCAGGAGAAUGAGAAGCUCUUCAGCCAGGCUGGGAGGGAGAAGGAAGCCAAAGUGCUCCAGCUUGCUGCCCAGCCCGGAAAGCUCUUGCAGCAGGUUGAGUCCUUACAGAAAAAUUGUGCUUACGAGAGUCGCAGAGCCCAGGAGCGAGAAAAUGAGCUGCUGGAAGCUCAGAACCAGCAAGCAAGUGCCUAAUGGCUGGGAAGUUGAUUUCCUAAAAAAACAGGUACAAAACCUCAAGAGAAGCACCAACAAACUCUUGCAUGGGUUGAGCAGGCACAAAGUCAGCAGAGGGCUUGGGGCAGCAAGCUGCAAGCCAAGCUGGAGAGGGCAAACGAGAAGGAGCGACUCCUGAGCCUGGCCAUGGAGAGGGGCAAGGCUCUGCAAGAUAAGCAUCAGGAAACUCGGCAGCUGGGGAAGAAGCUGGAGACGGCAGAACAAGCCAGGCAGAGAGCAGGAAAUGCCUCAGCGGACAAUGAUCCAAAGGUCCAAGAGCUCCAACAACAGCUGGAAAGCAGCAAGCGGGCUCACCACGAGCUCUCGCUGUAGCUUGAUGCUUACAGCAAGCACAGCACAGGUUUAUUGACUAAAGAAAAAGCGCUGAACGUCAAACUCCAUCAUUUUAUUGCAUAACUGCAGCUUUCUGUUCUGUUCUCGGCUCGGCAGGUGCCUCUAUUACAACACACUACUGUGUUUUGUUCCUCUCUAUAAGACCGUGUCACGAAG